AUGUCAUCCCUCAUCUGUUCUCAGUUCUCAAGAGGAGUUUAUGCUAUUUUUGGAUUUUAUGACAAGAAGUCAAUGAACACAAUAACGUCGUUCUGUGGGACACUGCACGUCUCCUUCAUCACACCAAGCUUUCCCUUGGACGGAAAUCAGCAGUUUAUCAUUCAGAUGCGACCAGACAUCAAAGGGCCUCUCCUGAGCCUCAUUGAGUACUACAAAUGGGACAAGUUUGCCUACCUGUACGACAGUGACCGAGGACUUACCACUCUCCAAGUUGUGCUGGACACAGCAGCAGAGAAGAAAUGGCAUGUGACCGCCAUCAACGUGGGCAACAUGAAGGACGAGAGGAAGGAUGAAGCAUAUCGCUCACUCUUUCAGGACCUAGAAAACAAGAAGGAGCGGAGAGUGAUUCUCGACUGUGAGCAGGACAAAGUUAAAGAUAUCAUGGAACAGGUCAUAACUAUUGGCAGGCACGUGAAAGGAUAUCACUACAUCAUAGCAAACUUGGGUUUUGUGGAUGGAGAUCUUUCAAAAAUCCAAUACGGUGGAGCUAAUGUCUCAGGCUUUCAGAUUGUGGAUUUCGAUGACCCUCUGGUAUCUAAAUUUGACCAGCGCUGGGAAGCCCUGGAGGAAAAAGAAUAUCCUGGAGCAGACAGCAAGAUACGGUACACUUCAGCACUGACAUAUGACGCAGUUCAGGUGAUGACUGAGGCCUUCCGUUAUCUGCACAAACAGCGAAUUGACAUCUCCCGUAGAGCUAACAAUGGAGACUGCCUGGCCAAUCCUGCUGUACCUUGGGCACAAGGGGUGGAGAUAGAGCGUGCCCUAAAACAGGUGAGAGUUGAUGGUCUCACUGGUAAUAUUCAGUUUGACCAAUAUGGAAAAAGGGUGAAUUACACAGUCAAUGUCAUGGAACUGAAAAGCAAUGGACCAGUUAAGAUUGGCUAUUGGAAUGAAGUUGACAAAAUGGUUGUGACAAAGUCUGAUCUCUUCCCAAAUGAUACAAUGGGGCUGGAAAACAAGACUGUGAUCGUCACCACUAUUCUAGAAGCGCCGUAUGUAAUGCUAAAGAAGAAUGCUGACCUUUUUGUGGAUAAUGAAAGAUAUGAGGGGUACUGUGUGGACUUGGCAGCUGAAAUAGCAAAACACUGUGGAUUUAAAUAUCAGCUGAAAAUAGUAGGAGAUGGCAAAUAUGGAGCCAGAGAUGCAGAGACGAAGAUCUGGAAUGGAAUGGUUGGAGAGUUGGUUUAUGGGAAAGCUGACAUUGCAGUGGCUCCACUGACUAUCACUUUAGUCAGAGAAGAAGUCAUCGACUUCUCAAAGCCAUUCAUGAGUUUGGGCAUCUCCAUCAUGAUCAAGAAGCCUCAGAAAUCCAAGCCUGGUGUUUUCUCAUUCCUGGACCCGCUGGCCUAUGAGAUCUGGAUGUGUAUCGUGUUUGCCUACAUCGGCGUAAGCGUGGUGCUUUUCCUGGUCAGUCGUUUUAGUCCAUAUGAGUGGCACACUGAGGAAUAUGAGGAUGGCCAGAUACAGACUAACGAGUCAACCAAUGAGUUUGGGAUUUUCAACAGCCUUUGGUUCUCUCUUGGAGCUUUUAUGAGACAGGGCUGUGAUAUUUCACCAAGGUCUCUUUCUGGUCGCAUAGUUGGAGGAGUCUGGUGGUUUUUCACCCUGAUCAUAAUUUCAUCCUACACGGCUAACUUGGCUGCCUUCCUAACAGUGGAGAGGAUGGUGUCUCCAAUUGAAAGUGCAGAGGACUUAGCAAAGCAAACAGAGAUUGCUUAUGGAACUUUAGAUUCUGGUUCAACAAAAGAGUUUUUCAGGCGUUCCAAAAUCGCUCUUUUUGACAAAAUGUGGACAUACAUGAAAAGCGCAGAGCCCUCUGUAUUUGUUAAGACGACAGCAGAAGGUGUAAUGCGGGUGAGGAAGUCCAAGGGGAAGUAUGCAUACCUGCUGGAGUCCACCAUGAAUGAGUACAUCGAGCAGCGCAAACCCUGUGACACUAUGAAGGUCGGAGGAAACCUGGACUCCAAAGGCUACGGCAUCGCCACCCCCAAAGGAUCCUCAUUAAGAACGCCAGUAAACCUUGCAGUAUUGAAACUCAGUGAGCAAGGCACCUUAGACAAGCUGAAAAACAAAUGGUGGUACGAUAAAGGUGAAUGUGGAGCCAAGGACUCUGGAAGUAAGGAGAAGACCAGCGCUCUCAGCCUGAGCAAUGUGGCUGGGGUCUUCUACAUCCUAGUGGGCGGCCUGGGCCUGGCCAUGCUGGUUGCCUUGGUCGAGUUCUGUUACAAGUCCCGAGCCGAGGCCAAGCGCAUGAAGGUGACCUUUUCGGACGCUAUGAGGAGCAAAGCGAGACUGUCUAUUACUGGGAGUACUGGCGAGAAUGGACGUGUGAUGAGUCCUGAGUUCCCCAAAGCAGUACAUGUGGUGCCCUUUGUUAGACCUGGUGUGGGAAUGAACGUCAGUCUGACUGAUCUCUCCUGAUGGAUAAGAACCUGCCGAGUGCCUUACACAAUGGUUUUCAAUAGAGCGUGUUCUAUUCUCUUUCCUGUCGCUCUCUCCCCUAUCUCUCACCUGAAUGGAGGACGGAGGCCUCAUUUGAUGUCAUAGAGACAUAAUCCUUCCUUGGCCCUUUAUAACAAAAGAUGCACUCUUCUAUUGAAAAUACGCCGACUGACACAAAGACACUCGCUUAGCGAGCUGAUGACAUCUACCCCCUGUAACGGAUAUUUUUGACGACAACUUGAAACACAUUGAAGCUCUUUGCGGGAAAGAGAGAAGUUAAUAAAGUCUGUCUGUUUUCAUAGCUGACGCCGUUCCGAUGUCUAUUUCGGCUCAAGCACACUUUACCAUCGUCUGCUUCAGGAUGUGAAAUGUCUUUUUUAUUAAUAAAACGAAGAAAAAAUCUCUAUGAAAAAGUAUUUUUAUGUAUUUUCACAGAAAUGGCUUUUAAAUAAACCUGCUUACAUACCAGUUAAUUAAAGCUGUAAAUCAUUAUCUCGACAUACUUUUAAGAGCUUAGCUACUAGUUUCACAUUUUAAUGCCAAAUAUGUUGCUUAUCUUGUAAUUUAUUAGUCCUCUUCUGAUACAUUCAUUAACAUUUUGGUGUUAAUAUGAAAUAUCUAGCAAUGCUUGUCAUUUGAAAUCUGUUUGAAAAGUGGGUGCCGCAGUUAUGAUCUCUUACUUUCAUCGACUUGUUUGAUUUCAAGAAUCUGUUUGUAUUUUUUGUUUAUCAAGAAAAUCAGGGUAGCGGUUAUAAUAUUAAAAAAGAAAACGUGUUUACAAUAUGAACUUAAAAAGGAAAAUGUAAAAAAAAAAAAGUACCUAUUGUAUUAUUGCAUAUGUUUUGCUGUGAAAUGAAUAGAAGCAUACACAUCAACAAAAUGCUCUGUUAAAAAUGCCAAAUAAUUAAGUGUGCCAAAAUUAUUGAUAAAUAUAGUCAUAUAUUAAUCUGUCAUCAAUGUGAAUGUAGUCAAUACAUUCUGUAAGUUUUGUUACUAAAUGUUCAGUUGGAUGGUAUAUACAGUGAUUUAUCAAGGAUUUUAUUUAAAUUUUUGCUUGUUUGUUUUUACCUUAUAGCAAUUUUUGCAUUCAGACCACAGUAUGGCUUUUUUACAUUUCCACUCUGCAUCUAGAAUUUGUUUUCCAAGCAUCCAAGUUACAUAUAUUUUUCAUAAAAGGCAAGAAAUGCCAUAUUACAGGCCAAAACAUCUAUGCUUAUUCUUCAGUAUUUAUGAAACCUACCACGAGAGAACAGUUUGUUUGAUAAUGAUAAUAGUUCACAGUUUAUUAUAUCACAGUUAAACUACUAUUUCCCAAAAAAACAAUGGCAACUAUAACAGUUAACAUUUGAUAUAGCAAUAAACCGAGAUUAAAAACAAAGAUGUCCCCAAAAGUGAGAGUACAUUUGUAAGCUCAAAAAAUGAUCACAGUUAUGUACAUUGCUGUAUGAUUUUUUUUCCCCCUUCUCACUUCAGCCUUUCUCUCCUCAGUCUUCCAUACUAGACUGGGAGACUGGUUAAGACUUUUGGUUUUGUCAUGAUAUAAUCACUAUUAGUUGAACAAGACCAUGUAAUUUUAAGGACUGCUCUCGCUACCAUUUUGUAAAUGAAUGUGUGCCAACUUGUUUAUUUUUUGGGAUCCUUUCUAAAUAAAAGCUGACUAAUAGUC